AUGGCUCAUUUUUUGGUUCUUCUCUUUGUGUUCUUCUCUUGCAGCUCUGCCCUGAAUCCUCCCUCUCCUGGCUUCUCCCCAAGCAACCAAGUUCAAUCCAUUGGGUUCGAUCACGGUUUUCGAAACCGAUGGGGCUCUCAACACCAAAAAGUCGACCACGGAGCCUUAACUAUCUGGCUCGAUAGUUCAUCAGGUAGCGGAUUCAAAUCUCUUCAUCGAUACAAAUCUGGCUACUUCGGAGCCGCCAUUAAACUUCAUCCUGGCUACACCGCAGGAGUCAUUACUUCCUUUUACCUUUCGAACAAUGAAGAUUACCCGGGAAAUCACGACGAGAUCGACAUUGAGUUCCUUGGAACGACGCCGGGUAAGCCAUAUGUUUUACAAACGAAUGUGUUCAUGAGAGGGAGCGGAGAUGGAAAUAUCAUAGGAAGGGAAAUGAGGUUCCAUCUUUGGUUCGACCCGACUCAAGAUUUCCACAACUACGCCAUUUUAUGGACUCCAGAAGAAAUCACAUUUUUAGUGGACGACGUACCGAUUAGAAGGUACGUGAAGAAGAGCGAAGCAACAUUUCCAAUAAGGCCAAUGUGGGUUUACGGGUCGAUAUGGGAUGCGUCGUCGUGGGCGACGGAGGACGGAAAAUACAAGGCUGACUAUAGAUACCAACCGUUUAUUGGAAGGUAUAACAACUUCAAGCUAGGUGGAUGUGCGGUAGACGGGGCGGCGACGUGUCGUCGGGUGAGCAGCGGACCGGGUGGUCGGGGGCUGAGCCAGCAGCAGGAGAGGGCCAUGGCGUGGGUGCAGAGAAAUUACUUGAUGUAUAACUAUUGCCAUGAUCCAAGGAGGGAUCACACCUCAACUCCUGAGUGUUGAUCCAAGAAAAGCUCACAUUUUUAUACUUAUUAUACAGAAAAAAGAAG